AUGGCUGAAGGGGAGCGCACCUUCCACCCAUUUCCGCGCCUCCCGGCUGAGCUCCGUCUACAAGUCUGGGAGCAGUCGCUGGACUAUGAACGUGAGGUUGAUAUCACGGUCCGCGUCGAAUUUACAUCUUCUCUCGCGAACGUCUACCCCUAA